AGGCACGCAGUCUCACAGAGAGGGGUGCCCGGAUAGGCGUGCGGAUCGGGGGGGAGAUGGAGAGGGGCGAGCAGAUGCAGAGACGGAUUCUGAAGAGGCAACUGAGUCGGAGGGAGGGGAUAAUGAGAGCGAGGAGGAGGGUGCGGAGCAGGAGGGGGAGGAGGGUGGGGUGCAGGAAAAAAAGGUCGCGGAAGGUAUGUCAGAGCGGAGAGUGAAAGGUCAAAGUAGCGAGCGGGAGGAGCGGGAGGAGGAAGAGAGGGAUGAUGAAGAUGCAGAAAGGGGUGAAGGUGGGGGUUUGGGGAAAGAGAAGGGUGGAGGAGGGAAGGGAGAGGAGGAAAAGAGAGGUUUUGAGCAGGAAGAAGGUGAGAGAGAAGAGGAGGGGGAAACAGAUGAGGAGGAGGAGGGGGAGGAGGAGGAGGAUGAGGAGGAGGAGGAGGAGGAGGAGGAGGCUGACGAUGCGGAACCAGUGAUCCUGGAGAGUGGGGCUGCUGCUGACAUGUCCACGCCCUCUGUUGAGCUGGCAGGAGAAGGGAGCGGAGAGGAUGUGACUGAAAUGAGGGAUAGAGAAGGGGAGGAAGAGGAAGAGGAGGUUAUGGAAGUGAGGGGGAGGAGGAGGAGCACAGACGGUGGGGAAGAGGUGGUGGUGGUGGAAGAGAAGGGGAGGAGGGAGGGAGGAGAUGGGAGAGCAAGUUACAGGCAGGUAGUUGACCUGGAGGGAUAUGGGAGUUCUCAGAUUCAAGAGAUUCAAGACACUCAGGAGGUUCAGGAGGAGGGGAAUGGGGGGACUGAGGAAGUUGAGGAUGAGGGGGAGGAUGAGGAGGAGGAGGGGGUUCAGGAGGAGGGGGAGGAGUUUCAGGCUGCUGACGUGGAUGAGGAGGAGGAUGACGUGGAUGAUGACGCGGACGAUGAUGCGGCUCAAGAGGAUGGAGAUUAUGGGGGAGCGGGUUCGGGAGGUGCAGACUCGGCAAAGGGUCAGGAGGAGGGCAAAGGGAAGGCGGGAGAGGGAGCGAGAGGAGAAGCAGGAGAGAAGGAUGAAGAGGGUGAACAGGAGGGAGAGGGGGAGGAGGCAGAAGGGGAGGAGAGGAGUGGUGGUGGUGGUAACCGCACGGUGGAAGGGACUGUAGAAAAACCUGCAAAGGUGCCUUCAAGCAUUCCGGUGCGUUGA